GGGGGGGGGAAGAAACUCUCCCGUGCUUGAUGCCCCCGCCGUGUAACCGAUUCACAGGCUGCCCCCCCUACCCCCCCCCGCCAACAUCACAGGGACCCAAACUAACGGUGCAUUCAGCCAGUGGGAUUCACCAUGACGGGGCUUUUUUUUUAAGCACGCUAGCAUCCGAGCGGCAAGGCGCCAUUGAAAGCAGGAUGAGUCCCAGUCCGCACGGCUGAUCGUGGUCGAUUUUAAGAAUUGAGAAUUGAUUUAGAAUGAGGGAGACGAGGCUUGGUAGCGUCUUCCGGCCUCUGAGCGCGUCGCAGGACGCGGCGAGGCCUCCAGGCCUCCGGCCUGUGAAUCGAGACGCGGCAACACUUUUUGUUUUUGUUUUUCAUGCAGCGUUCCGGUUAAAGUUCAACCUCAAACCUGGAACUUUGGUUUCAUUCCAAAACGAUGAGUCGCCACGCGUUGGAAGUUCUCUCUCUCUCUGUCGCUGAAUUAGAGACAUUGUCCUUUUGUCGAGAGGAGGACCAUGUCUCCAAUCAGCUGACUCCACUGUCGUAAUUCAUUUCAGGAACAUCGUUUGAAGGUUUUGGUUCAAUUAUAUUUAGGAAGUUGCAACAUGGGUAAAUUACUCCCAGAUGGUAUUGUCACUGUUUGCGUUACUACUUGUACUCUCUACAUUGUACUACACUUCGGUACAUUUACAGUGAUUUACUGUGAUUUCCAAAAAUCAAGCAUGAUUGUAGAUUUUUUUUAAAUUUAUUUAUUGGAACAUACAGAUCUUCAUGAACUUCAGUGCCGCCACAUUGACCGGGAUCUACAGAUUAUCAAACCUAACCACUGGCUUUGAAAAGUUUGCUGUUGUAUAUUGGCGGUUUAGUUUAGUGAUGGGUAGGGUUUACACGCUGUAUAUUUAUCAAUGGCGUACAGUGUAUGUUGACUUCAUCUUUACUUUCACCUGAUGUACUUUACCCUGUCGGCUAAAUAUCUUCACCAUCUUGAACUUAAUGGGACCAUUCGAUGGAGUUUGUAAGCGCUACGUGGUUGAAAACCCAAGAAGGGGGAAACCCCCCCCCCCCCACCACACUGUUGAACUCAGCACUGCCAGAAGACUUCACUGCCGUACACGAUAGCACAGUACUACCAUAAACGUCUCACACUUGAAAGGAAACUGAAGCUAUAGUAUUGUUGAACAAUCUGGCCCAAUAUUAAGGCAUCUCAGGUGUGUGUGUGUGUGUGUGUGUGUGUGCGUGCUUGUAUGUAUCCUAUACUACCAGACUCCCAUGAAACCCUAAUCGGCUGAGUCUCUGUUUACACGUGCACGCAUGUACCUUGAACACAAGUAUACUCAAGUAUAUUCCGAAACACGUACGUACUCGUAGUGUUGAGCUGUGUGUGUGUGUGCGUUUGCAGGCGGUGUUUUGGACCAGCGUGUGUCGUAGGAUCAGUGUGACCCGACAGGUCACGGCGUCUAGUGUUCAUAGGUGUAAAAUAACCUUUGCAAAACUUCUGUUCCCGUUCAACAUCUUUUUUUCUUUUCUUUUUUCGCUGCCGUUUGUCUCUCAGGAUUCGGAUCAUUUGGGUCGAGACGCCUGUGAAGCCGCAUUCAAGGUCGGCUGAACCUGCUCAAGGUGGUUCAGGGCGCCGCAGACGUGUUUUCUGCAAGCUGCAUGUAUGGGUAACAUUUAUUAAGCAAGAAGUUGUCAUACAAACACUGAGGAUAUUCGCAGCAGCGGGACUAAAUACAGAAGCUUUACAAUCAUACAUUGACCAAAGCUCAUCAAUCCUCUAAAUCUGCUCGAAAACAAUUUUUAGAUUUACAUUAGAAUCCUGCGUGAUGAAUACUAAUUUGGUGUAUUUUCUUUCAGGUGAGUCCUGUAGCUCAAAAAUGUGGAAAAAGGAUUUGAUUACUUAAUAUCUAAAUAGUUAAACUUUACAAAUAUUAUCAAAGAAAUAACAACAUAUCUGCACAUUUUAACAGAACAGGUCGACUUAAAUACACUUCAAAAUGUUCAUUGCUAAAUAUUACUAAAAGCUUUCCUUUGUUUCAAUUUACCAACAAGCAAAUGAAUGCAUUAAACUGGAGCGUCGUAACAAAUAUAUCUAAGAAGAAAAAAACGAAGAGAGAAAUUAAAAGACAGAUCUUUGUUAUUCUCGUUGUUUAACGCUUUUGUCAUUUAUUCAUUAUGGGACACUUCAAGUCAAAGCAAAUGUAUUGAGACAAUUGACUAAGGGUUACAUUUGUCACACUGUGGACAUCUUUAUGAAUGAAACAGAUCAGAUAUUUUCCCCAAUUCGAGAGUACCUCAUUGUUUCGGAGUACUCUCGGGUGUUAUAGCCCAUCGUUGGCAGUAUUAUUAUUACGAUGUAGUACAUUUAAGAAUUUGAGGAUUUCACGUUUGUUUGUCUUGUCUAGAAUGGAUUACCUGUCACAUACGGACUUUGUAUGAAGCCUUCAUGGACCCUCUGUUGUUUAUGGACGCUCUGUGGUUGUGGUGCUGCUGACUCUGAUCUCAGAGCUGUUCGGUGUGUUUUUCUUUGCGGUCGUACAAGAUUGAUUAUACUAUCUCAUAUUCUUUCUCUCUCUGGGUUUCUGUGUGUGAGUAUUGGUGCUUUUGUGCUGUGAUAAGCCUAUUGAUACCAAUUAUGCUUUUAUCUUUUCUAUUUCUCUUGUAAUAAAAAAAACCUUUUCAUGCAGUAUAUUCCUGUACUCAACAUUUUGUAAUGUUUUACCUCUUUUUUCGACUCAUUGCUAUCGGGUUCUUAUCAUAAAAUAAAGUAUAAAUCCUAUAACGAAAUAGCUAUUUUUAUAGAUGCCCCGUUGAUAACCAUUUUUUCAGCCUAAUCAAACUGUCAUGUCGAGUAUAGUGAAUUAAAUCAGAAAGAAGAGCUGCAUUUAUUGGUGCAUGUUAAAACACAUAACGGUAAUUAAAAUAAAACCACAAAAAUGAUGAGAAAUAAUGUAUUCUUGAAUAGUCAAUGAAUGAAACAGUGAAAUGUGACUACCAUACAUUUUGUAUGAGUUUAUAUAUAUAUAUUUAUACAUAUGAAUAUGUUUCAUAAAUGGCAAUACUAACAUUUGUAUUAAUAACCCAAUAUAUGUAAAAUUAAGUUCUGUAUUAAUAAACAUUUUUGUCCUGAACUACUUAACUCUUGAACUGAUUGACUGAUGAUUAACAUCCUUUGCUGCUAGAUUCUGAAAUAAGCAAUCACAUCGAUAAUCCCAGACAGAAUAUGUGUUUCAGGUUCUUCAAAUAUUUAAACAUAAAAACGGUACUUCUUUCCUGAAAGUCUUCAAAGGAACUCUUUGGAUCAUCUCGUGGCUGUGCCGCGGGUGUCCGCCAGGGGGCGACGUGUGCGCGCACUCGGGUGCCAGAGCAGGUGUGCCGAGGUGAGGCGGCGCGCAUCGCUCGGCUGUUUCCGUCGCGUCCCGUCGGUGAGCGGUUAGCGGAUGGGGGAAUGCGGUGGCCGCAGACAGCGGGCAGAGCUGGACACUCGGCGGAGAUGUGCGCACGGAGACCGGAGCCCUCGGCGGAGAGCCCGGAAUGAGGGAGCAGCCAGGGAGGAUUCCCCCGCGCCAUGGAGCCACGCAUUGCAGGCAGCUGUGAAAGGUGAGAGGGAAAUGAAAAGCCUGUGACCCUAAGCAGCAUCCAUCUGCCUGGUGCUGCCCCACAACGUAGCGACAAUAACCAUCAAGCUGUGGAGCCUGCGAAGCCAACAGCAGCACCAUGUUCUACGGUUCUUCCUCUGGGGCCAGCAUGUCCCUGCCGUCAAAGAGCCGGCUGAAACGCCAGAGCAGGACCUUCACACAGGUGCUGUACCGUACGCUCAGCUACAGGGACCGCGUCCCAGUGGAAACCGGGACCAACACCCGCGGGGACCGCCGCUCCAACACCGAACCCCCGGAGCGGCCGACCGACGACCCGGCCGAGCUGUCCACGCAGAGCUCCGCCCCCGGCGUGCUGAAGAUCUUCGGCGAUGAAAUCUGUGCCGGCGCCAACUACAAGAGCGUCCUGGCCACCCCGCGCUCCAGCGCGCAGGAGCUGGUCAAAGAGGCGCUCGAGCGCUACUCCCUGAACAAGAACGCGGCCCACUCUUACGUGCUGUGCGACGUGAUCGGCCGGCUGGAGGAGGAGGAGAAGCACGAGGAGGAGGAGGAGGGGGAGGAGGGGGGGGGCGGCGGCGGUGGCUGGCGGACCGAGUGCUUGCGUGCGAUGGGCGACAACGAGAAGCCUCUGUUGCUGCAAGAGCUCUGGAAACCCCGAGAAGGACACGCUCGCAGGUUUGAGCUGCGCCGGAGGACAGAGGUGGAGGAAUUCAACGCCAAGGAGAAGGACACCGUGACUGCAGGGCCCAAAACCUCCCAAUUCCUGGCGGCUCUAAUGGGUCGGUCCGGGCUUGGCAAGCACAGGAGCUCCCCCCUGCGCUGUGGUCGGGUGGUACAGUCCAGCUCUAAAGAUAUUAACGCUCAGGCUCGUAAGCUGCAGAGGAACAGGGCAAAGGGCACGCUGACGCUGCCCCGAUCCAGCAACUCGUCCUUCAGCCGAAGCCUGAGCGAGACCAGCCUCAACCAGCUGGGAGUUGGGGACGAGCCCAAGCGUCACUACUCCACGCUGCCGGGGCCCCUGAGGGGCCGGGAGCGCGAGGCGGCCCCCAGCGGCCGGAGGAAAGAGGAGGGGAGUCAGCCGGGGGUCAGGCACUCGCUUUACCAGUCCCCGCACCUGCUGCUGCUCCAGGGAUACAACCAGCAGGACUGCUUGGUGUACCUGCUGAACAGAGAGCAGCACACGGUGGGUCAGGAGACGCCGUCGGCCCGCCCCAACAUCUGCCUCUUCUCUCCCGACAUCCUGCCCCUGCACUGCCGCCUGCGGCGAGUGCCCGCGCCCCGUCGCCACGCCAACGCCAAAGGGGAGGGGGAGCCGGCGGAGGGCCCGCGGCCCUGCGUGGCGGUGGAGCCGGUGCUCCACGCCACGGUCCUGGUGAACUUUUCCCGGUGCGAGCGCUCCACCACGCUGCGGCACGGCGACCUGCUCUCGUUCGGAGCGCACUACAUCUUCCUGUACAAGGACCCCACGGGCGCCAAGCCCCUGCCCGCUCAGACCCUGGCCCGCCUCCGCUCCCUGGGCCAGGUGUACGACGCCGGGUGGGAGGAGGGGGAGGGCGGCGGCGGGGGAGGCGCUCACACUUGCAAGGUGUGCGGCUCCGUCCUGAAGGACAAAGGGGCGCAGGCGACCGGUGUUCCUGCGGUCCGACGCGGCUUCAAGCCCCACCUGGUGAAACCCCGCGGCGUGGGGGCCGGGGCGCCGGCGGCCGCGGCACCUGGGGGGCCCCACGGUUCGACCGGAGGGGAAGGAGGAAGAGCGGGAGGGGUUCAGAAAAGAAGGCUGCAGCUGGAAUUUGAUCAGACUCACGAAGACCAGCUGUUGAACAGGAUCGUGUCCCUCAUCGAACCUGGAGGAGACGACCAUAAGCUGACCCCUGCCUACCUGCUGUGUCUCUGCAUUCAACACUCUGCUUCAACCUUCCAACCGGGGAGUUUUGGGAAACUACUGCUCAAGAUCGUCCGUCUAAUCCAGACCAUCGCAUGGGAGAAGACAAAGGAGCUGGCUCAGAAGCAAGCUCAGCAUAACCAGGACCCAGCCAACCUGUCUAUGCUCAGUAUCUCUGACUUGAUCCCAGACCUGCAGACCAUCUUCUUCUGGAUGUCCAACUCCAUCGAGAUCCUCUACUUUAUCCAGCAAAGAGCACCAGCGUACACACACUGCAUAGAGACACUACAAGGGUCGAAGGAGUCGCUGCUAUCUGCAACCAUAUCAGCCAAUGAGGAGGCGAUGACUAUCUUGGAAGAAGUGAUAAUGUACACCUUCCAGCAAUGUGUCUACUAUAUCACCAAGGCUCUUUAUGUCGUGCUACCAGGUCUGUUGGACUGUAAUCCAUUCCCAGUCGACAGCUCUGAGCCCUGCUGGAAAGGAGGUGUCGGGUUUCCUGAACCAGUGCGCAGGGUCCUGCAGGUGUUUCAGAAUGGCCAGGAGCUUCUGCAGGGCUACCAGGUCCACGCGGAGAUCCAGGCUCAGAUGUUUGCAUAUCUCUUCUUCUUCUCCAACGUGUCGCUGUUUAACCAGCUAAUGGACAAAGGUGCAUCUCGGGGUUGGUUCCAGCGCUCCAAGGUGUUGCAGAUCCAGGCGUGUCUGCGGAUGGUGAUGGAGUGGGCCAGCAGGUCCGGUCUGGGACACCUGGCGGACAAAUUCUUCACCAAACUCAACAGCGCUGUGUCCAUACUGGCCACGCCCCCACAACAGCUCACACAGGUGAGUUGGCGAGCUUUGUCCAGUGAGCAUCCGGCUCUGAAGCCGGUCCAGCUGCACAGGAUUCUCACUCAGUACCAGCUCACAGCAGAGAUCGGCCCCGUCCCGACAUGGCAACCCGGCAGUGAGGAUGAAGCCUAUAUAUACAGAACGGUGGACCUCCUGGAGAGCUUUGAGAACCACCCCCCCAUAGUGCUGCCCAGCGCCGGCUUCAGAGUGGACCUGGACAGCGAGUGUGUGGAAGACAGCAUCUACAGGCAGCUGCUCUACGUCCGCCACUAUCUGUGGGGGCUGCGCACCAAGACGCAGAGCAACGCGCCCAGUGUGCACACACACUCCAAUGGAACCAACACAGCUGACUGGCCCGACGUCCAGACCCCACACCCGACUCCAAGGGAGCUGCUGCCCCCGGCGCACAGCAGCCCCCGCUCCGCUGGCGCCGGGGACGAGGCGCCGGCCGAGACGGGAGAGGAGAGGGGACGGGACCGGCCCCCGGGCCACUCGCACACGCACAGCCUCAGGAGGAACGGCACCGUGCACCACAGUCGCACAGCCAAUCCGGACCCGUCCUGCCUUCUGACCCCUCCCCACACCCCGCUGUACCCGGACGGAGGAGGAGGAGGAGGAGGGAAGAAUAUCACAGGCCCCAACGCCCACACCAACGGCUACACCAUCAGAACGGCGGCGGAGAGCAAGAAGAGCAACGGACUCCUCAGCAACGGACUGGAGGGGUGUAUUAGUGGGUCUGAGUUUCCUUUCCCUGUGUCCUCCCUUGGCGCCUCUCCCCUUCCUGAUGACUUGUGUGUGGUGUUUGUAGUGGAACUGGACAAAGGACCCUACGGACUGGGCAUGGGACUCAUCGACGGCCUGCACACUCCUCUCAACGCUCCGGGCAUCUACAUCCGGACCCUCAUCCCAGACGGCCCGGCGGCCUCCGACGGCAGGCUGCGGAUCGGGGAUCGCAUCCUGGCCGUGAACGGGACCAGUCUGAUCGGAGCAGACUACCAGAGCGCGGUGGACCUGAUUCGCCUGGGAGGAGGCCGUCUACGCUUCCUGGUGGCCAAGUCCGACCCAGACGUCUCGGAGAAGAUCAGCGCCUCUUCCUGCUGACCUGACCCCCCCCCCCCCCCCCCUCCCCUCCCCCGACCUGUAUUUUUAAGCAAUGAAAACGUAUUAGUAACAGUCAUUAAGUAGCAUGGUAAAAUAGUUUCCCUGCUCUCGAGCGGAAGGACUCUGAAACUGUUCAUGAUUCCAUGAGGCUUUGCAGAGGAGCAAGAGGUCGCCCUCUGUGAACCUGGAGGUUUUUAACACGGUGCUUUAAGAGUGUCGGAUGUUUUAUAGUUCGGGUUUGUUGGUCUGCUCAAUAAGACUCGAGUCGUUGUGUCUAAAUGUUGACUUUAGUACUUUUGUACGGGAGAGUGGGUCACAGCUCUCCACUGGACUGGAUCAGUGGGACAACAGGCUUCACUUUGAUGCAUAACCCCUGUGUACAAAGCUCACUUUAGUUGUGAAUAUCUGGUUAUCAAAUACUAGUGUGUAAAUAUUUCAAUCUGACAGUCAGAAGAGGAAACUGUAUUUAGGGAAUGAGUCAAUAUAUUGAUCACUAAAACCUACGGAUGGAAAGAACUUGUAUUUCCUGGGAAGGAUUCUUUUUCUAAAUGUAUUUAAGUUUAAGCUGCACUUUUUGGGGGGCGGCGACACCCAACUUGCAAAACACUGCUUUCUGAGCUGUGCACAAUGAAGGUUAAGCAAAACCAACAUUUCAUGUCAUUUGGCUCCAGGUAGAAUACCAGUUUUUUUUUAAAUUUAUUUAUUUUUUAUAAAACUUGGUCGCUACAGAAAGAAAGCCACGGUUAGUCUGUUGUGACCUCUGAGCUGCUCUGGUUCACCGUUCCAGGGUACAAGCAAUGGCUCCUCCCUGUUUACUACAAACCCUCCUUCCAGUGGAUCAACAAGUCAGCUUUGGCUUCAUUUUUAUUUCUUGUGAAUCGUUCUCGCCGCCUCAUCAGCUUUGUUUUACUCUAAACUUGAUUGGUAGUUUGGAUCUUUGAGUUUUCAAAUUUGUAUUACAAUGAUCUCAUGCAUGUCCAUUAUUUAUACUGUUGUGAUAAUGAUGGUACUUAAGAAUAAAGAUGGUUGGAUACCUG